CUUGCAAAAUCUGAAUUGGCCAGAGGCUAGAGAAUGGAAGAGGGAUGCAGUUAGGAAUAGAGAGGAAAGCGCAUCAUUCAUUACCUGAAGAAUCGAUUUGCUUGUAGUAGUGAUACAAGCAGCUGGGUCAGGCCGCAUUAGUGGGGAACUUGGAAUAAGCCGAGAAACGGAGAGAAACGGAGAAACACCCACACAGGGGAAGAAAGCGCAAGAUUAGCGUCGGCGGAGGAGGAGACGCGUUGAGUCCAGGAAUGCGUCGCCUUGCAACUGAGUCUGACACUUUCGCAGCCCGUUACUUCGCUUGGGCCACGCUUUAUUUUGAACACUGUCUACUGGGGUGUACUUCGCGGAUCGUGCCGUUGAAAUGAUAAAGAAGGAGACCACUUGAACGCGUUGCUGUCAUUCAGAUUAUCGGGAAAAGUUUGUACAUCCUUACGACUGAAAAUAUUCGUCUUGGCGACCGUUGCUUGUGGAAACUGCUGUGGCGUGUGUCCCAUUCUCGAGGUACAGAUCCCUCCUUGUCAAGCUAGGUACAUUGUUCGUCUGUUUGAGAAACAAAGUGGAAUAUUUCUUCUCCAAGGACCAAGUGGAGCAUUUUUAAGGAUAAUUUUUAAUCAGAAAAAUACAUGACUUUCCACCCCAGUCAUACAACAAACGCACCAUGGUGAAUACGGACGGGAACUAAGCUACGGGAGACAGAGAGACACUCUGUGAUGUCGAGCACUCCCUCUCAUUAAUGGGAAUAAAUCAAAGACCCCCGAAUUCAAUGAACUGCUACCAGACGACAGCGAUGUAGGAUACGUGUCACCCAUAGAGAACAAAGAGAAACAGAGAGAUGUCGAUGAUUCGGACUGUUUUACAUUACGAUUGUUGUUUCGAGCAAAAUUAGGUGCGUGUUUCAGCAAGCGAAAGACAAGGAUAUUUUUGAGGGGACCGUCUUUUUUCUUUGUAUGUGUUGCCUUUAAUUAGUACAGGAGUCCAGAAUCACAACAUACAUUUUAUUUUACUUUAAACUUCGAUCGCGGUUGCACAAAAAUACAUGUUUUUUCAGUUUCACACCAUCCAGAGCGUCCCCAAAUUGUCGUCUUGGAGGAAUUCUUUGCAGGAGUGGAUGAACACAACAAUCCAGUAAGACCACAAAUGAACGAUGCCAUGAGCUCUAAGCAAUGGGAGGAAUGAGUGCUUUGAUCGCAAAAGUGGGGGUCUUAUGCUGCGCAGCUUUCCGGCUGUCCCCAACCUUCAGCGCCUUCGUGUUAUGCUCCCUGAUGUUGGCCCCCUUUGCAUCUUUAUCAGGUCAAGGGUUCCUAACAAGAGCAGAAUUGCUGGAAACUGUUUCUCAAAAUGAAGACAGAAUUACACAGAGGCCGGAGCCAGUAUCAAGGAUGACAUUGCCUUUAACAGAAUCCAAGCCAAUAUCUUCUUCUGGGUCUAAUUUUGCUGCCAUACCUGGAUCUGCUGUUACAUUUGAAAAUUCACCCAACAAACUAUUGUCAAGUUCUUCAACUGUUUUACCUACAUUGGUUCCACGAGAUGUUUCUUCUCCAAGUGACAGUCAUUCUGGUAGCACAGUUUUGGAAGUGGUACAAGAUUCUCCUUUUAGAACACAAAUUCCUUUACAACCAUCUGAUAAUCCCGUGGGACGCCUUUCCAGUAUGACACCAGGCUUUACUAUAAUUGGAACUAUUUCCAGCUUAGCUGAUGAAAGAUUAAAAAAUUCUAAUUUGGUGAGGCCAUCUACACGCUUUGUGCCUUUUAUCAAACCUAGCCCAAAACCUAAGAUUACAGAUUUGGCUUUUUCACAGGAUCUGAACUAUCAAAGUGAUUCAGUAUAUUAUGAUGAUGGAUCUGGAGAAUACUCUGAAACAGUAACAUUUGAGGGACCUGAUAUGGAAGAUGUAUCUUCAGUUACAAAUGUUCCACCAAACAUGGACGAUGUAGAGGAUUUGAAUUAUGAGAGCUAUGACACAUCAUUUCCUUCAAGACCUAUGCUGCCUUUAUCUUCAGUUUACAUUCCGCAUAGUGCAGCAACACAAGAUUUUCAGACUUUUAAAGAUUCUCAAAGUCAGGAUUCACUGGAUUCCACAGUUUCUUCUUAUAGUUCUGUUGAGAACAAUUCACAAAUUGACUAUGCUGAACCCUUUACAAUAGAGCCAACAGAACUUUUGCUGCCUGAUAUGAACAGCCUAGAAUAUUACUCUACUCUACUAGCAAUGGAAAAUGCAAGCCUACCUGAACAAGCAGGACAACCAGAGAACCGUACAUCUACUGCAUAUACAGACAAUGGUACAACAGAGCCAGAUCAAAUGCACAGUGUCAUCUCAGCAAGCAUGUUAAUAGAAAACUCAAGUCAAGUGAACAUAUCAGUUGGCACUAAAGUGAGCGAUCUGUUGUCACCAUCAUUUGAUUCUGGCACACCAUCUACAAGUUCUUCAUUUGAUGAAUUCACCUUGAAGCCUAGUAGCAGCAUUGCCUUUUCUAACUCAUUAUCCUUUGAUACAGGCACUCUUCCGGUGUCACUGGAACCUAGCCCUAAUCUGUCACAAUUUAGUUUUACAGAAAUGUCAAGUUUCAGUACAUCACUAAGCUCUGUUGAGAAGGGUAUUGUUUCAGAGACAUCAAAUAUCUAUUCUUUUAGCAGUGGACAGUCUACAGUGGAGCCUACAAUGUCAAUGAAAGCUUCAACUAUAUCCUCCCUGUCUUACUGGGAAGGCUGGUUUACAUCCAUUGCUGGAACAGAUCCUUUAAAGGCAUUUACUAAAACAUCUGUUCCAUUUCCACAACUUACCACUUCAGAAACAGAGGCAACACGUAUUUUUAGCAGCACAUUGGCAGAUUUUCCCUAUUUCAGUUUGUCUGUGCAGCCCACCAGAAUGCUCCCAGAUGUUGAUUCCACUGCCAGUUUAGUAGUUACUUCCUCUCACCACAAAACAGUCAUGCUAUGGUUUGGCUCAUCUUCUGCCACCACGGACAUUAAAAGUUCUACCACUGGUAUUCCUGGUGUGUCUCUUACAGAGAGCCUAGUGGUUUCCUCUUCCUCCUCUGAAGCUGUUCCUCUUUCUACUAUAAUCAGUGUGCCACCUAACCCUGGAACAGCUGCUCCUCAGAUCAACACCGCAACUGAUGAAAUACAUACAGGGUUUUCGGUGACUUUGGUGUCUACCAAAAUCACAACCUCUGGAAACACACCAAGUACUCCCACUGCUUCUACAUCAACGUCCACUUCAGGAUCUAACAUUCCUUCUACAAAUGCUGUUUUUACAUCCUCUGAACCAAGUAUAGAAACAUCUUCCAGUUUAACAACAUCUGCAACAUUGUCUCCUGGGAGCACAAACUUGGCAACAACAACAGUAACAACCACCACUACUACUACCCAGCCUUUCUUAUGUGAUGUUACAAUAUCUGAUACAUAUCUUGUCCGAGCAGAGCUUCCCAAAGAUGGAGAGGAAAAGCGUGCAAUCACAUUCAUCAAAGAAGUUUUGAGUCAUCAAUUUAAUCGUUCUGUUGAAUUGCAGGUGCUGAAUUCCUCUACAGACAUACUGUUUCUGGUUACCUCAGGUCCUGUUAUUUACACAGCAAUAGCAGUCAUUAACGCUAUGCAGCUUUCAAGACAGGACCCUUCCAUUAUUACCUCUGUCCGGCCAAGUGUCACUGUUCCUGAUUAUCAUUUCCAGGUUCACACAGUGCUACAGUUUGUCCCAACCUACGUAGAUGUUCGAUUCUGUAACUUCAGCCAGCGGAUUGAAAAGGGACUAACUAUGGCUUUUUCAGAAGUGAGACGGCGAGUCCAAGAUACUGAUGAGUUCACUGUGCAGGUAUUAAAUAUAACAAUGAAUGCAUCAUAUUUGGAAAAUCUGCAAAGACGCCCUGUUGACAUUGCCUUUGCCAUUCGAGAUACAUUUGGAUUUUUGAAUGGCUCACGUGUGAGCAACUUACUGAGAAAUUUAAGUAUGGUGGAGUUUAGCUUCUACCUGGGAUAUCCUGUACUACAGAUUGCUGAACCUUUUCACUAUCCGGAGCUUAACACGACACACUUGCUGAGAUUCUCAUGGAUCAGAACAGUUUUGCUUGGAGUACUUGAGCACAGACUUCUAGAGAAAACAUUUCAAGCAGAAAUGGAACGCAAGUUGGCUUUGCUGCUCGAAGACGUUUUGUUGCCAGUUGGCCGCUGGAAGCGUGCUACAAAUGUUGGAAACAACAGUGUGCAGAUUGUGAGAACUUCAAGGAUUGAAGGAGCUGACAACCCCCUGGAGAUGAUUUACUUUGUGGAAGGUCAAAAUGGACAUAGACUUCAUGCUACUACAGCUUCCAGUCUUAUUAACAGGAUUGACCUUCAGAAAGCCGCCAUAGUCCUUGGCUAUCGUGUUCAAGGAACGCUUGCUCAGCCUGUGGAAAAAACUGAAGUUCCCUCAACUGAAACGCAAAACAACAACCUGUGGAUUAUUGUUGGUGUAGUAGUACCAGUGAUUGUGGUUGUCAUCAUUAUCAUAAUUCUGUACUGGAAGUUGUGUCGGACAGACAAACUUGAAUUUCAACCAGAUACAAUGAGCAAUGUUCAGCAGAGGCAAAAGCUGCAGGCUCCAAGUGUGAAAGGAUUUGACUUUGCUAAGCUCCACCUUGGACAGCACAAUAAAGAUGACAUUCUGGUUAUUCAAGAGCCUGCUCCACUUCCAUUACCAGUAAAGGAAAUGACUCCUUCUGAAAAUGGUGAUGUUCCCACACCCAAGUCUAAGACUUCUUCUAAACCUUCUCGGGGUGGUCGGAGAAGAGGCAGAAUUUCCCCAUCAGAUGCCGAAUCAACUGUAAGUGAGCCUUCCAGUGGAAAGGAGUCUGCAGAAGAGACGAUGAAGCCCACAGCCACUCUCUGUGAAGACAAAGAGCAUCGAAAAGUAGCAAAAAAUGAACCACCCCAAAACAGUGGCACCGAAGAGCAGCUCUCCUCGGCUUCGAUUUUUGAGCAUGUGGACAGGAUUUCCCGCUCCUCUGAGGCUAGUAGACGAAUCCCAAAUAAAAUCCAGUUGAUUGCCAUGCAGCCAAUGCCUGCUCCUCCAUUACACAAUCCAGUUGUAACAGAGCGAGUAGUAGAGACAAUGAAAAUCAACAAGGAGAUCCAGACAGCACUGAGGCAUAAAUCAGAGAUAGAACACCAUCGCAAUAAGAUUCGCCUGAGAGCCAAGAGAAAAGGACACUAUGAGUUUCCGAUUAUGGAUGACAUCGGGGUUACAGACUCUAAGGAACGUAAGCGGAUCUACCAAAAAGCGCAGAUGCAGAUUGACAGAAUUCUGGGUCCAGAAUUAAAUGCUUCACCCAUGUUGAUGGAAUCCAGGAAAAGUUCAAGAGGAAAACGCUCACCAAAACAGAAGAAAAAACACCAACCCAAUGGCAGUCUGACAGAUGCUGACAAAGACAGGUUAAUCACAACGGACAGCGAUGGCACAUACAAGAAACCUCCAGGAGUCAACAAUGUGGCAUAUGUGUCAGAUCCUGAUCAGCCUGUUGAACCAAGAAGUCCUUCUCCACAAGAGAAUGAAGUUUUCUCAAAUUCCCCACCACACACCCACUCUCUGCCUCCUCCUGCCUAUUUGCCACCGCAGCCAUCAAUUGAAGAGGCCAGACAGCAAAUGCACUCUCUCCUAGAUGACGCCUUUGCCUUAGUUGCACCCAGUACUCAAGGAGGCAAUGUUGGAAUCACAAUUCCAGGUAUUACGUCAGGUCAGCCUGGCACCAGUCCACCAACAAGAGGCAGCAGAGGAGCAGGCACAGGCCAGUGGGGGCCGCCAUAUGUUCCAGCUCUUCUGUCAAAUAGAUAUGCUGACCUCGGAGUGUCCCCUACAGCAGCCCCAGCCUUGGUUCAAAGGCAAGUGCACGGUCAGGGAUUUUCACAGUCGGGGGAGUCAGGAAGACAGCAAGAUCAGCAAGAAGAAGUGUAUGCUACCAGAGGAGUUUAUGGUGAGGAGAUGCCCUCGUCUGCAAGGCCACGACCAGUUGGUGGAACUACAGGUGCACAGCUUCAUCAUCUAGCACAAGUUGGCCUAUCAAGCAGAAUGAAUUCAAAUCAAGGACAGCCUGGGAGAACAGGCCAAAGCCAGUCAGGGGGCUCUGGGUGGACUUCCUAUAGGCCUGAAGAAGAAUAUACGAGAAGCAAUCACCACAGGGACCCUGCACAGAUUGUUGGAUUUCCAGAAUACUCAUCGUCAGUCUUUCAGAUGCCUAAGACCUCCUUAAGGGAGCCUUCUGCGCCUGCUGGUCAUAUCCUCGAGCCGGUGGGACCUGGAUUUCCCUCAGUAACUGCUGAUGAAUCCAACACAGGCCACUCUUCAGCCUCCCUUAUCAAAGCGAUUCGCGAGGAACUUCUGCGGCUUUCCCAGAAACAGUCUGCUGUGCAGAGCUUUCACAGUUGAUUUCAUUUCUGUCCACUGACUUGCUCCACCACACACCACUCUAGACUCCAGUAUCCAGUGAAGGAGAUACUUCCCAUGGAAGUUUCCACUUACAGCAGCAGCAGACCACAAAUAGACAUAUGGGAUAGCACAUUAGCAUGGAAGGUUCUUCCUAGUUUAAGAUCCACUUGAUAGAGAAGUACCUUUUUUUAAAAAAAUGAAUGAAAUCCCAGGUCAUGUUAAAGCUAUUGUUUUAACAUUUUCUAUACCUUCUUAUGUGAUCAACAUCAUAAGCUUAGAUGUUUUCUGUUACAUUAUGGCACAUUCUUUUCAGAUGCAACCGGUCUGUCUGCAGAUUUAUUUCUCUUUACAUGUUCUAUAUUCAUUCCGUCUCUGUUUUUUGAAUACUUUUCUUACAGACAAAAUCUGUUGGAAGAAAUGUGUAUUUUUUUUUAAUUGCUCCCUUCUGACUAUUUAAAAAUGAGUUGUUAUUUAAUCUGCCCCUUCCUUCCAACUGAACCCCCCCACCACCACCACCAUUGCUGGGGAUAUGUACAGUAUGUAUAUCAGUGCUUCCUAUUAACACAGCUUGUUUUAUAUUGCUGGUGCUAAAAUCAAGUCUCAAGUGGCCUAUCAUGAAGUACACCACUCCAUUUCUUUUCUUUAUUCUAACCAUUGACUGAUUAAGUAACCGUGAUCAUGAAGUAAUUUGAAAACAAGCUGAAAAGUAAAUGUAGAAAAAAGAAAAUGUUUUUCUGAAGUGUCUUAAAUAUCGUUUUCUGCGUCAGUAAUUGUUACAAAUUGUGGGGUAUGAUAGGCCUGACUGCGGAAAUGGCUGUGUUCCAGCGUUAUAAGCCAGUGGUUGAAGUUCUUGUCAGGCAUUGUUUGAUUAUAUAUCUGUAAAGCCAAAGCUCUGUCUGAAACAAAAAAAAUGUGAAAGUAGACAUCUCCGCUCAUUCUGUGCUGGUAUGUUAUUCAAAGUAAAUUUUCAAGUGAACUAUAAAAAAAAUGUACAGUUAACUAAUUCUGCCAUUAGCCAUAUCAAAGAAAGAAGAUGGCAGUUUAAGAGAGGAUCACUUUUCAAUUUUGUACAUGGCAUUAGUCCAUUCUGAUGUCUUAAGCAAUAUUUUUACAAUGAUUUUUAACACUUCAAAAUGCUGUAGUACUUUGUGAUUAGAUUUAACAGGUAGUUCACUUAUUUUCCAUUAUCUCUCUGUUUCUGUAUCCUGUUAAAAUAGGAAGCCCCGUAGCUGUCAUUCAUGUUGAUCGAGGUGAUUUUGUAAAUAGUCUGCCUAUAAGUGCACAAACCAGAUAGCUGUAAAUUGAGAAACAUGGGUCUGUCUAAAUAAUAUACUGUUCUUGUGUGCUGACUGUUAGAUCUCACUGCAUCCUGGACUCAAGCUUUAUAAUCCUGAGAAAGUUCUAUCUUUAAUAAAGCUUGAGCCUGUCCAGUAUGUGGCAGUAAUUCUUGCUUUCUUUGCAUUGUGGAGACUGUUAGUGUACGUCACUGCCUGAUCUGUCCUCCUGCAUUGAACGUGCGCACAUUUUUCAUGCAGGCAUACACAACAUCUCAUUUUAUGAUCUGUACAUUUUACAGUACAUUAGAUUUGGAGUGUUUUGAUUUGAUUACACAAUGAAGAAUUAAUUACCUGUAUAAACAUAAUUCUUUACACGCUGUUUCAUUAGGAAGCUGUAGGUCACAAGGACCAAAAUUAUUGUUGUAGGUAUCAUAAGUUUGAUUAUAAAACAUAGCACAGUUCACUCCUUUUUAAUUACACUGAGGUUAAAUUAUUAUUAUUGAGCAUAUUCCUUCAAGAUGUAAAAGUCAAAAGCUGUUAUCUUUAAAAAUAAACGCAGAAUAUUUGUUUGUCAAUAAAGACAAACACAAUUGCAAUACAUCCCAAAGGAUCACGACAUCAUAGAAAAACCGUCACAUGUACUGUACAGAUCAGGAACCAUAAUUCAAAGAAAUGUGGCUUAAUCUUAUUUCUUGGUAGCAGUGGUGCAGUGUAGUCAUCUUAGCCGAGCUGCCAUCAGGUUUGGGUUUACUCAUAUGUUCCAAGGACGUGCUUUUAGGUAGGUUCAUAAUGACAACUUGUCCCCCUAAUGAGAAAGUGUGGGAGCUGAGGUGCAGCUUGACAGACUGGUGCACUUUGUACUUAUCUUACACGCAUUGGCGACAGAAUAACAUUCAGCUCCCCACAACCCUAUCCUAGAUGAAUGAAGUGUGUUCUGAAAACAGAGGGAUAGAUUAUAUAGUUGCAUUUUGUUUUGUAUUGAACGCUCAUAAUCUUAAAAUUUGAAUAAGCAGGGGCGGCGUGGUGGCUCUGAGGCUAAGGAUCUGCGCUGGUAUCCGGAAGGUUGCCGGUUCGAAUCCCCGUCACUGCCAAAAGAGAUCCUACUCUGCUGGGCCCUUGAGCAAGGCCCUUAACCUGUAAUUGCUCCAGGGGCGCUGUACAAUGGCUGACCCUGCGCUCUGAACCAAGGGGUAUGCGAAAAACUAACAAACACUGUUGUAAGUCGCUCUGGAUAAGAGCGUCUGCUAAAUGAUGUAAAUGAAUGGAUAGACUGGAAAAAAAUAAAUGGUUCACAGAUCUCAUUCUUGUUCUGCACAGCAGAAAUUAAUUCAGGAUAUGCAGGGCAAUGAAGUACAAAAUGGCGUUGCAUAAACAAAACUAAUGAUUUAAAAAAUAAAAAGUCCAAAGGCUAAAUGCUGUAAAAUUAUUUUUAAAAUAAAUGCUGUAAAAUAUUUUUUAAAAGAUGCAUCCUCAUAUAUGCUCCAUUCUUUUGGGAAGCUUAAGAUUGGCAUCAGUGUAAAAGAAGAGGCACUUCCAUAGUAGCUAAGGAUUAUACAGAGCCUGUGCUGAAUUAUAAAGCUCGGUUAACAUUAGGUCUCCCCCUAUAAGGGACUACAAGGGCUUAUCAAAAGUUAUUAGUGCUUCAUUUUACAACACAAGAUAUGAAUAGGAACCAAAUCACAGGUCAAUCAAAUCAAUGUACCUUUGUUUGCUUCUCUACAAAAUCCCAAUACCAGUUAGUCCAUUUUUAUAACCAUUUUACAUGUUUUACUAUCCUUUUGCAAUGGAAAUUUGUUCUAUGAACAGUGAUCAUCUCCUAGACCCCAUGAUGUGCCAUUCCAGCCUCCACUGUCAUUUCACCAGUUGAGAGUCUCGACUCCCUCUAAGAGUCGCAUUGAUUUUUUUUUUCCUUUUUGUGUCUCUCAUGAAUGUCCCUUACAGGUCUGAUACUGUUUGUGCUCUAACAUUUAAAGUGAUGAAUCCAUCAUCAGCAACCCUUUCCAUUGUUUGACAUUUGAGCACAUAACUAAGGCAAGAGGGUGUAAUUAUUUUCAUUCAGAUUUAAGAUGAUAGAUGGGACCAUUAGUUACAAUAUGGUGCAUGUCAUUAUUGUAGAUUGAAUCUCAGCAGUUUUAAUAUGCUGUGUACUUUUGAUGUGACCCUCACAGUAUGCAAUUCAAACUAUUUUAUACCAUUUGUCAUUUAAUAAAUCAGGAAUAAAAGACAGUGCCCAUGCUACUCUCAGGAAACUGUACUGUACCUCAGAUCCUAAUCUCAGCCUCCAAACUCAGGAACUGUGAAGUUUGGAAAUAGUGGUGCAUAAAUGAAAUCGUAUAACACUCUACACCUAAAUAUAAAGAGACAAAGGACAAGGUUAAAGAGCAUUUUACUAUCCAUCAGGCCAGAUGAGAACUUUUAAAGAGAAUACAUAUGAAAAAGAUCUCACCAUAAACAUGUUAAGUUCAGUUUAGGCAAGUUGUCUCUAAAUUACAUACUGUUUUUGCUAUUUUUCCAUAGUUCUGCUUUGAAAAUGAUCACAAACAUCACAUUCCAGAAAGCUUGUUUAUGAAGUCAGAGUGGAGAAGUAAAAUAUUCAAGUGAAUAAACUCUGGAGACAAAUGUCAGUUUACCAGGUAUACUGGUUUGUGGGUAGCUGAUUUCCUUUCCAUGUGUAGUCUACAGCAUUUUCUUACCCGAGUGGCUAAGAUCUGCAUGGGUGUUUUCAGGUGCUCAGACAGUGUGUGAAUGUGUGCAGAUUAAAUCAUGUAACGACGUUUGUUUCGACAAACUAGAAUUAAUGAAUGCCGUUGAUCUGUCAGUGUUACCUUCUGGGUGAAAUACAUUUAAAAGUACACAGCAAAAUCUCCAGUGUUAAUUGUUAGUGUGGUCAUUUAACCUUUAAAAGCAUAUAUACAGGAACACUGUUUCCUUAUAUAAAAUUUGAAGUGUUUGUUUUGCUGUAUACAUGGCUGGACCCAGACCACUUUGUCUUGAAUUCUUUAUUGGUAAGUACAGUAUUAGUCAUGACUUUAUCCUUGUAAUGUAAGAAGUUAAAUUGCACAAGCUUUAAACACGUUUCAUAAGUCCUUAUAUGUUUUUUCUUUUAUCAUUUUGUGUGAGCCGUUAGUCCAAAAUGUGCCUUAUAAUUUUACCAUGCUUUGUAUUUAUUUAUUUAUUUUUCAUUUGUUAGAAAUUAACCAAGUACACAUUCAAGGACACUUCUUUUACUGUGUGCAUCCAGUUCUGCACAAAAUCAAAUCAUUGGACUAAGUGGAAACAGUCCAACUAUUGUGAGAUCUAAAAAUGUUGUUGUCACCCCUGUUGUUGUACUCAUUACACAAUGAUUUGUUUUAUUUUAUUUUUUUUGCCUUUUUCAUUUAUGUUUGUAAAUAGAACUGUUUGUACGUUUCAUGUUUUGUGGUGGGUCGGGGAGUUGGCAGGUCCAACAAAAUCUUCUAUAAAUGAGUUGCAUGUUUUAUAACUAUUAGGAUUUAAUUAUUUACAGUCUGUAUUGAUGUGCAUGUCAUUGAGAAAAACAAAGGAGAUACAAAACACAGUCCAGCAGAGGUUCAUGUAAUAAGCAAGUAAAAAUACAUUUUUAGUGUAUAACUGCCAUUAGAUGAUUUCAUGGGAUCAUUACUUUUAAUUUCACCGUGGUUUUGAAACAAAAUUGUCCUUAAUCCAACUGUUUAUUUACUCUUCAGCUAACUACUGUAAUAGACGCAAAACCAUUAAGCUGUAUAAGCCAAGAAGAUGACAUGGAGAGGCUAAUCAGUUCAGUAUGAAAUAAAAUUGUUUGAUGAGAAACA